UUUAAAGACGUGCAUUUGUUCCGCGUCAUGCGAACUUGGGUAUUAAGCCACAUGCGGACACCGUAGCUUCACACUAGUCUGUGCAAAGGCGUAUUCUAGCCAGGAGCAAUCCUGUCCUCUAAUGAGACCGCGAAACCUUGCGUGACUUUAUAGUGGACAUGGUAGCUCCGGGGCAGACUGGGGAUUGAGGAGGCUGGUCUGGAGCUACGCUCUCCGGCAUAAGACCCUUUUUGACAUAUUGCGACUCCUAUGGACUAAUUGCCAAUAAUCGCAUUUGUGACGUUCUUAAAAUGUAAAGAUUCAUCGAAUGAAAUCUUUAAAAUAUGCAUAUUUAUUUUUUCCAAUAAAUGUCACUUGUAUACAAAUAUAUCUUUGUAAGAACUCGCGAACUCGUAUGGCAAAACCUACAUUGUGCAACCCGAAGCUGGGCAACACCGGAAGCGCGUUGUAGGCGGCUUGGCGUCACAUCCUGGAGAGUGGCCGUGGCUGGUGUCACUGAAUUUCCUGUUACAACACAACUACACGGAUAAGUCCGGGUUACCCCAUCUGUGUGGGGCAUCACUAAUUCAUCCGCAGUGGCUUCUCACCGCCGCGCACUGCUUCGUUGAUCCUGAGAGGCUCGACAUGUCGGACAAAACCAACUGGCGCGCGGUGCUCGGGGAGCACGUGCAGGGUCGAGAGGACGGCACGGAGCAGAAGCUCACAUUGGACAAGAUAGUCACACACCCCAACUAUACGCUGGAGCCUACGAUGCUGUAUGAUAUCGCCCUGGUAAAGUUGAGCAGGCCCGCUCACAUGUCCGAGUAUGUGAACACCAUCCGUAUCGAGCCCAACUACACCGCGCCCGAUCACAGCCACUGCGUAACUGCGGGCUGGGGAGACUUAGUGGAAGGGGGUGUGGGCUCGGAAAUACCGCACCAUGCUAGCGUGCAGAUUGUUCCCACUUCUGUCUGCGCUGACCUGUACAAUUCAAUUCACGUCGCCAUUGCUGACUCUGUUAUUUGCGCCAGCACUGAGGGAAGAGACUCCUGUCAGGGCGACUCGGGCGGUCCACUGUCGUGCUUCCAUGAUGGCCACUGGACUCAGGUUGGCGUGUCUUCUGGAGGCUAUGGUAGCGCCAGACCUCAGUACCCCGGCUUCUACACGCGCGUUAACCACUACUAUGAAUGGAUAAAGACUGUCAUCGAGGCCAACUGAGCAACCAAAACUACGGGAAAGAGUGUAACCACGGUGCGUGUAAAACUUCAAAUGGACACUGCACAACUAUCGGUGCGCCGGGAAGAUGCCGCUCGAAAUGUUGGACAGCUACAUCUCUACUGUAUAUCCAUAGCUUACAUUUAUACUUUUCCGGGUAUCUUCUCAACUUGAUACAUUAUUAAAAUAUCAGAUGGAA